AACUAUGGACGAGCUCGAGCUGGUUGUUUGCUUAAGGAGCUAAUAAAUCCUAUUUCGAUCUGUCUUGAAUGACGUUUGACAAGCUGAAUAAAAAUUAUUUCAAAAAGUUAUUCUAGGCGUAAAAUAAAUAAUGAUUUAUUGAGUUGUAAUGAGUCACGUAUACAUAGAAAUAAUUAUUAGUCAUGUACAUAAAUAUAAAGAAUAUAAUGAUCAUUGGAGUACUAUGAAUAAUGACAAUGGACACAUCUACAACCCCUGCCGCUCAAUAUUUUGAGGGCUGUGGACAUGAAGGCCCCAUAAGAUGUAUAUUUUUGUGUGAGUUUCAUCCGAAAUUAGGCCCAAAAAUAAAAUGCCAGGUACCUGAUGACUAUAUAUCCAAAGAAAUUUUUGAUGCUGUCAGCGUUUACAUUAUUCCAAAACCUCAGUUGCAGAGAUGCAUUCUUACAGUUAAUGUUCUGGGCUACAAAAUUGUGGGGUUUCCUUUACGUAUAGAUAGCCAAAAAUAUGCCAGAAAUGCCUUAUAUUUUAAUUUAUGUUUUGUAUGUGAUUCGUGGGCUAAGUCAGUACAAUAUGAACCAGUGGUAAAAAAUUAGCAGAAUAUUUCGUAAGUAAUCAAACUAAAUGAUUAUAUUAUUAUAUUUGCGUCCAUGGAGGAAGAAUCUGGGUUUUUAUCAGAUGGGGAUACGACACGCUAUUUUGGCUUACUGGACAGAGUACUGAAUGACCUAAAUACGUAUCGUCAAUGCACUGUUGUUGAAGGAGAGACCACAAUUUACCUAAAAAUUGUUCAAGCUGCCACAGACCCACCCAUUGUCAAAGAUCAUGUAGUUCCUGUUUUUGUAGAAGAAUAUUUGGCAAAACUUGAUGACUGGGAUUUAACUACUCAACAAGUGAUUCCAUUUAUUGAUGGUUUUAAUCAUAUAGCACGAAUAGCAUACCAAAGUGAUGUGGAAACUAAUUUAGUUAAAGCCUGUAUUCAAAAUCUGGUCUACUAUGGUGUUGUUAAAUUACUGCCAAUAUUAAAAUAUAGUAAUGUGUAUAUGGUUUCGGCUGGAUUCCGAUCAAUUUGGUCUCAGGAAAAAUUGCAGAAGAAAUGUAGAGACUAUAUAUCAUUAAGACCUACGGGGUUACAACCUUCUUUAAACAAGAUAUUGGAAUUUUAUAGUGCAAUGGGUAAUGGUACAACAUUAAAAUCUCUAUGUGUGCGAUUCAGUCCACAUAAAUAUAAUAUUGAUGAAAGGCGUUUGGUUGUAUUUGGCUUGCAACAUAAUUUAAUCAAAUGUGUUCAUAAGUACCCCAUUUACACUGGAGGUGACCCUCCAGUUAAUAUGCAAAGAUUGUUUACUGGUCAAUUAUCCAUUGAUGAACUAUGCUGCAGUAUUGGAAUGUCUCUUCCGCAAAUAGAAGACAUUAUUGAGGCUGAUCCAGAUGUACUUAUGUUGUAUAAGUAAGAAUAUUUAAAAGCAUUAAUUGUGAUAUAAAAAGAAAUAGCUUACAGGUUUAUACAAUGACACAUUGUAGUUUAAACAGUAUUGUUAAUAUUAAGUAUUUAUGUUCUGAAGUAUACGAUAAGAAUUAAUUUUAAGAGUAAUUUAUUCUUCUCUUAUUUAGUA